GGAUCCUCAGUUCCCUUGGUUCGUCAGUAAGUGGCAAUCGCUCCCGAUUAAUAACGAAGUCCAAUUAAAAAAUGACUAAACUGAUGCAAUUCGUUGCUCUCACGGCCGUUCUUUGCUGUUUUCUACCAACGACGGUUACGUCCAUUUAUUGGGGCGAUUGGGGAGAAGUUGAGCACUGCCCCAAAGGUGAACAGGCAAUUGGAUUUUCAUUGAAAACUGAGCGAGAGCAAGGAGACGGUGACGAUUCGGCACUCAACAGCAUUUCCCUGAAAUGUUCAGGCGGUAGUUGGAUUUACUCAACUCAAGGACCAUGGGGAGAAUGGGGCAAAAACUUUCUUUGCCCGACAGGUAGUUGGCUUACAUCAUGUCAGCUUCGUGUUGAACCUAAGCAGGGAGCAGGAGACGACACGGCUGCCAAUAAUUUGAACUGCAUGUGCAACUGGGGCGAGAUGUUGUACGGAGACGGGCUCAGUUUGGGUAGUUGGGAAGAAUGGUCUGAUUAUUGCGACGACAACGGCAUCAAUGGUAUAAAAACCCGAGUGCAAAAAGACCAAGGAGCUGCAGGAGACGACACGAGUCUCAACGACGUUCAAUUCAGUUGCUGGUAACAACGUGAUGCAUACAAUAGAAUCGUCUAGAACAGACGGUUUGAUUAGUCGGAUUGCUGGACGAUUCUACACCUGCUUCUUUUUUUUUC